GAAAGACAUGUAAAACCUGGUGGGUAAGAAGAAAUCUAAAAUUUGAUUCUGUGUCAUUUUCCAUUGGGGUUUUUGGUAAAUUAGGUAUUGCUUGUCGUAUAUCUCCACGCCGCUUGAAGCCAAAAUGGUGGACCAAAGCCAACUGGUCUGGGAACUGAUAUGAGCCUCACCAUUCUGAUAAUAAUGCCCCAAAAAACAUUUUAUUAACCCAACUGUAUCAUAAUAAGCACAUGCAUAGACCCACCUCCAUCAUUCAUAAACGAAUAUGAGUGUGUUUCUUUCAUGCUCAUAUGUGGACAAACCCGCCGUCUAUCAUCGUCAUCUAUCUUAAUCAUCCUAAUAUCGUUAGAUUUUAAACCAGGAAAUGAGUCCAUGGAACCAGGAGGUUCUUCUCUGUAGCUUCCUGACAUUAUAUUCUACAAAAACUCACAGAAAGAAUUCCUUUUUCUUCUCUCAGAUGGAUUCCUCUUACUGGUUCAUAUGCUUAGUAUAUCUUCUGGCCCUGGUAGAACAACGAAGUCUGGUUUGUUCUUCUUCUGACAAAAAGUCUUCUAGCAAUGGACCUCCAAUCAACGUGACCAAGCAUAUCUUCUUCCCAGAUUUUAGCUUCAACAACCCCAGGAUCCUUGAUGAUGUUAAACUUCUGGGCAGUGCCAUAUUCUCAAAAUCAAAUGCUUCCCUUCAAAUCCCCGAUGAAUCACAGGCCACUGAUCUCAGACACCAAGCAGGUAGAGCCAUCUAUUCCUCUCCCAUCCGACUCCUUGACCCUCUUGCUCAAACACCAGCUUCUUUUGAAACAACCUUCUCUUUUCAGUUCAACAAUGCAUCCAUCGGUUUUGCUUCUGCUGAUAGAUUAACCGCUGGUUAUGGGGCACACGGUGGCAGUGGCCUUACCUUCAUCAUCGUCCCCGACGAGUUCACUGUCGGUAGGCCAGGGCCAUGGCUCGCCAUGCUUAACGAUGCAUGUGAGGAUGACUACAAAUUUGUGGCAGUGGAGUUCGAUACUCAUCAGAACCCAGAAUUUGGAGACCCAAAUGAUAACCAUGUGGGGAUCAAUCUAGGGACCAUUGUUUCCUCCGAAGCAAUCAAUGCUUCAGAUAUGGGUAUCGUUCUCAGUGAUGGUUCAGUUUACCGAGCUUGGAUUUCCUAUGAUGGUCCACGCCGUUGGAUGGAUAUUCGUCUGGGAAGAGAAGAAGCUAAGAAGUAUCCAUCAAAGGCAAUCUUCUCUGGCCCUCUUGACCUCUCACCCUUUCUUAAAGAAUAUAUGUUUGUGGGAUUUUCAGCUUCUACAGGGAACUUCACGCAGAUUCAUAGGGUACUUUCCUGGAACUUCACGUCCAAAAGCCAAGCUUUUCUUCGUGUUCCUUCAAGUGAAACAUGUGAGAGUAAGAUCACCGUGGAUAACAAUGGGAUCACUCAUACAGAAACCCCUAGCAGUUUCUUAAUCUUCAUUGCAGUGGUUGUACUGGUUUUGGCUGUUAUACUGAGUCUCUACUGUAAUGGAAAACGAAAAGCUAAUGAGAAAUCUGAUGCAGUUGUAUUGCCGGAGAAGAAGCAAAGGCCAAGGCCUCCUAAUAAGCCUCACCGCUUCACCGUUUCUGAGAUUUCCUCUGCUACUAGAGGUUUCAGUGAGAUAGAACUUUUGGGUAGUGAUUCGAAAGGAGUUUACUUUAGAGGAAGGAUCUCCAAUGGUUGUCAAGUGGCUGUGAAACGAUUCUCUAUCCAGUAUUUGAACUCCCAAGGAUUAGAUAGGCGGAGAUUAUUGAAGGAAAUCGGGGCCAUUAGCAGGGUUCGUCACCCGAAUUUGGUUCCAAUCCGUGGUUGGUGUCAGGAUCGCCGCGAAACUAUGGUUGUCUAUGACUUUUUGCCCAAUGGAAGCCUUGAUAAAUGGCUAUUUGGGGUCGGAGUUCUUCCAUGGACGCGGCGGUUCAAGGUUGUGAAAGAUGUGGCUGAAGCUCUUGCUUUCUUGCAUUCUAAGCAACUAGCCCAUAAGAACUUGAAAACAUCAAGUGUGUUUCUUGAUGUUAGUUUCCGAGCAGUCCUUGGCGACUUUGGAUUUAUACUUUGUGUGGCAGAAUCAAAGAGGUUCGAGUCAGCAGUGAGCCAAAGUGCAGAUGUGUUUGAAUUCGGACUCUUUGUGUUGGAAGUGGUUGCUGGGAGGAGAAGAUUGGAGGCAGAAAUGGUUGAUUUGGAUAAGAGGGAUUUGUUGGAUUUUGCUUGGAGAAUGCAUGGAAGUGAUGAGAAAGUGAAAGUGGUGGAUAGGAGAAUGGGAUCAGUGAUGAACUUGGAGCAAGCAAUUAGAGUUUUGGAAAUUGGGUUGCUUUGCACACUGAAUGAGAACAGAGGAAGGCCUUGUAUGGAAGAAGUGGUUGAGUUUCUAUGCAUGGAGAGACCAAUUCCUGAGUUGCCGCCGAGUCGACCAGUUGCUUUGUUCCCUUACAACAGCACCACAGGUCUUUGCACUGGCUAUUCUUGUUCUCCCUUCAAAUGAGUAUAGAUUCUUGAGGCUUGAGUUUAAUCUUUUUCUUUGUAAGAUACAGCAAGAUUGGAAGCCAAGUGAAAGAUCAUUCCUUGUUUAUAAGGUACAUAAGGAAUGGAAUCCAUGAGGAAUUUGCAUAAAUUUUUUGUAUAUCUUAUAUCAAACUGUUUGAGAAAAUUUAAUGUUUAGAUUAAGGGUGAGACAAAUCCAUAUAUCAAAUAUCAGCUGGAGUUAAAGAGUUGAGAUACCAUAAUAAGCUUUUGGUGAUUUCACACAACCACACAAAUGCUUUCUGGCUCCAAAGAGUUUUAGACUUUUGAGCCACCAUGUUGAGGAGAAGAUAUUAAUAAAAAGUGGUCCACUGUUCUAAUAA